CAGCAAGGACAGCUAACCACAGGUACCGCAGCUCGGCGUAGACGUAAUCAGGACCGCACCUAUGAGGUCACCACGACCACCGAAAGUUUCCACCGAACCAUUUCUCCACCAGCCACCACUACGCCAUUCGAAAACUCAUUCGUCGAUACGAACCCGCAACCGAAUGGAUAUACUCGUUACUAACUUACGACCAUCAUUAUUAUAUCCGGAUAAUUGCACUUUUCGGACACUAAUCAAAUGA